GUACACUCGAAUUAACCUCAGCUAAGAAACGUGUCAUUUAGUAUUAAAUAACCCUUUUAAAGUGUCCAAAAUUUGUUACCAUAUUACCCAUACAUCAUAUCAAUGAAGAGACGGUGGCUGCCUCCCGCGGUACGAAGACAGAAAUAGAAUUAUCUUGGAAAAUAUACAUAUGUCUCAGUUUCGCUGAUGAUGGCGCCGUGAGCGUCCCGCGCUCUGGCCAUGACGCGCCAUACUUUAGCAUUACUCCUAAUUUUGAUCACUUUCUCCAUCUUUACUUCUGUCAUAGCAUUCCGCGUACGUUUACCUCAUGAACAUGUUAAAAAUAAAUGUGACAGCUGCAAUGGCAAGGAACUCGACCCUGAAUCAAAACAAAGCGUAACAUCUGAGAAACGUGUAAAUGAUGAUUUGAAGAAAAGUGUGCGUGAAAAGUUAGCACCAGUUUCUGUGGACGAGGAUGAUAGUGAUGAGGAUAGUCAAAGUACGUUUAAUAUUAAUGCUAAAUCUAGUAUUGGACUACAAACUCAUCAUAAUAUUAUUAAGGAACCUGAAAUUUAUGACGAUAGCGAAGAGGAUGACGAAGAUGAAAUUAAUACUAUAAAACACGAUGAAAAAGAAGAUAAUAGAGUUGUGGAAGAUGAUAAAGAGAACGUAGAAAAGGUUUCUCAAAAAGAUCAUUUGAAAAAAUCUGUAGGCAGUGCGGCAAACAGGUUAAAGCCGAAAUUUGAAUUAAAAAUUGACGAUGAUGAUGAUGAUGAUGACGACAGUGAUGAAGAUGAGGAAUAUAUCGAUCACAUACCUAAGUCCAAUAAUAAUACUAAAGUUGAAAAGAAGAUUGUAAUAAAAAAAGACGAAUCUGUAACCAUAACACAGUCACCGAGCAAAGUGACUGAGAGGUCGUUGAAACCCAAUUCUAAGGUAACAGAAAAAGAUAAUACGAACGAAGUAAAUCUCCGACAGACUAGACAUAAAGGAAAAGAAAAUGAUGAUAACUUAAAAGAAAUGGAAACUAAAACAAAAGAUGUGAAACCUAAAGAAAGUCUUGAAAAAAUAAAGGUUAAAUCACAUAUUGAGGGAGGAAAGAUACAAACUCAUGUAGUAACAACAAAAGCAGGGAGUACUAAAAUUAAUUCAGAAAAACAGACUGAUGAUGAAAGAAAACAGGCAAAAGUGGAGGUACCAUUAAAAGAAAACACAAAACCUAGUAAAAAGGUUUUAAAAAGUCAAGAACGAGGAAGUGCUCCAAAGCCAAUAAGUAAUAAUGUACAGAAAACAAUGGUAUUACAGAGAGAAUUCGAAGAUUUAUAUGGAUAUUUUCCAACUUUUGCUCCGAAUUUUUCACAUGUACACAAUCCGGAAUGUCGGCGACAUGGUCAAAUACUACUUAGGCAGUUGCGUGGGUCUAAGCUAUGGGCUUUAAACAUGCUAGAUGCAACAGCGAAGAUACCCUCGGGAAUUCUUCAAGGUAAUGGAAUCCAGCUUGGUGACUUUGACCAAUGCUUGGCGAGUCGAGCCCGUGUGCAGUUGGAAACUGGAAGUGUCGUCAAAGUUCAAGGAAAAUAUUGUUUGGUGACGAUGGAUGUAAAGAGUGAAAGCACAGACCUUGAAAUAGUGGUAGACCUUGCUCAGGGAAGGAAUCUUAUCAAGAGUAGGGUAGAUGAUCCAGGUCACUUCGUGCCACGUUUCUCAACGCUUAGCUGGGGCUCCUGUGUCCCAUCGGCCUGUGCACCUGACGACGUUCAACUCAUGCUCAGCGACGCCCUGGAACACUACCGGAAAAUUGGCGUCUCGUUCCGAGUCAAAGUCAACGAACUUGACUGUCACGUGCAGAAAACUCAGAAGUGGGAUGAUUGGCUGGAAAUACCAACUCUUUUGACAUUAUUCUUCUACGCUAUGAUUAUUUUACUGGUGGUGAUUGCGACUGUUCAAGAUUGUUUUACUGACACUCAAGUUGACAAUAAAAGCGCUGACACUGGGGAGGAAGAUCUGCAUAUAAGGAAACCAGAUGGAGUUAUAAGUGUAUUCUCUUUGCACCGAACGACGAAGAAGCUGUUGGCACCAGCAGGUGAUGACGAAGUACCAAGUAUUCACGGAGUCAGAGCUAUUGCUACUCUAGCUCUUAUCGUCGCUCACAAAUUCCUUCCCGUAGCCUACACGCCCUUCACAAACAGAGUCAAACUGGCUGAGGUGGUGUCUUCUCCUCUUUGGUCUUGGUGCCGCGUUGGUUGGAUUUUCACUGAUUGCUUCCUGAUGCUCAGUGGCGCCCUCUCUGCUUAUCGUACGUCAGGGAGAACUAAUGUUUUGGAUAAAUUGAUGUCCAAAUACAUAAGGUUAACCCCAGCAUUGCUAGCAGUGGUUUGGUUUUACGCGUAUAUCUGGGACAAUAUAUCGGUGGGUCCUAUGUGGGGCGGUUUGGUGACAAAGAACGCAGAGCUAUGCCGAUCUAGUUGGUGGUGGAAUCUGUUCUAUAUGCAGAAUUAUUAUGGACUGGAGGAUAUGUGUGCUCCUCAAACGCACCAGCUCGCUCUGGAUAUGCAGCUGUCUCUAUUCGGCAGCGUUAUUCUCUGGAUGAUGCAAUCGGAGAUCGUGGGGUCGAAGCUCAUCAUCCCUCUCAUCCACAUGGCAGCUGCCUACUCCCGAUACUCCACCUUCAAAGAACAUCGGCUGACUAUGAUAGCAUACCAUGGCGUUAGCGUCAGUCAACUCUACAGAACGGGCCGCAUGAGUUACACAUCCGUCUUCCAUCGAAGUACCUCGUACCUAAUUGGAAUCAGCCUGGGUUUGAUGCUCAGGAAGCCAGCACCUGUCUCUAAGCCUUUCAUAUUGCUCGGCUGGGUGGUUGGCUGUUCCCUUGGCGGUGGUGUCGCGUGGGCUGGUUUCGACAGCGGCCAUCUUGACUACCAGUACACAGCAACAUUUGCCGCUCAGUAUGCAGCGUUGGCGCCGAUUGCAUCCGCGACAGCCUUCGCCUGGCUCGUGUAUGCCGCACACAACAGAUACAGUGAAACAAUAUCCAACGCGUUAUGCAGUCGCCCCUUGCUGCUGAUAAGUCGUCUAUCCUACGCAAUCUAUCUGACACAGUUCAUCGUGUUCCUCACAAAUGCAGCGACAGUAAGGAAUUCCAGGGAAUUCUCCAUUAUUUCUGUGAUCGAUGUGCAAGAAAUAGCUACAAUUUUCAUAUCAAGCCUUCUCCUAACCCUUACAUUAGUAAUCCCAUUGCAAUCCCUUCCAAAUUUAUUCAAAACUAAAACAAAAACCAAUAACGAAACAAGUGAAGAUGAUAAAAAGGAUAUCAAUAACAAAAUAGACUUUGAUAAUGAAAUAAAAACGAACAAUGAUAUUCUACAAGAAAUACCGACCUUGAAGCGACCAUUAUUGGCACACAGAGAAGUGUUGGAAGAAAUACCUGAAGCGGAAGUAGAAUAUGAAAUACAGAGAGCACAUGAAAACUUGGAGGAAAUAUUAGAAGAAGACGAUGAAGAUGAAAUGCUGGAUAGAACAGAAGAUGAUGAUCUAGAGAUUAUAGAAGAAGAGCAGGAAGAAGAUGACCAUUGGGCUGGUGAUGAUCAUAAUCCAGAUGAGGAAUCAGAAGAAUGGGAAUUAACUGGUAUAAAUAGAAGUGGUGCUCAAUAUAAUCGGUACAGCAGAUAGCGUAAAAGUUAUUAUUAAAUUAUUUAUUUAAAUGUUCCAAUUUUACUCUUCUGAUCAAAAGUUCCUUAAAAAUAUGAUCCAAUCUAUAGAACGUCAUUGAUCUGUUUUUUUUUUAAAUGAAAAUAAGGGAUGAGACGAGCAGAACGUUCAGCUGAUGGUAAUAGAUACGCCUUGCCCAUUACAAUGCAGUGUCGCUCAGGAUUCUUGAAAAACCUAAAAACUCUGAGUGGCACUACAAUUGCGCUCGUCACCUUAAGACAUAAGAUGUUAAGUCUCAUUUGACCAGUAAUUUCACUAGUAUAUCUAUGUUUAGAACUAGUAUAUCAUUAAGCGGCUUUUACUUGUGUUUUUACUCAUUUUUAAAACAUGUUGGAUCAAAUAAGAGUUGGAAUAUGAGAACAAAAUCACA